CGACAGUUAGAAAUCUCAAUCUCCACUGACUUUACGAAGAUGGUAGCUUUCAAUAUGUUAUGGAAGCUCUGUGUAGUUGUGGCCUUCGGGCUCUCUGUCACUGCUACUGAUGUAUCCCAAGAGGAACCCAAGAAGGAAUCAUUGGUCAGCGGAUUCUCCGGCACGGAAGACGAACAUGGCACAGAGCCACCCAAAUUCUCUCUCGAAUGGUAUUUGUUACCCAAACCCGAAAACAGAGCUGCGCUACGUUAUGUCCUGCCACGAAGUUUGGCUAAAGACGUUCCAGAAGACUAUAAUAAGCCAAUAGAUCCCGCGUUGGGGAAAGUCAUUAGGAAAUAUUUCUUAUGGUAUGGCUUUGAAUGGUAUCUGUUAGCCAUGCCGGAGAGUAGGGCUGCCUUACGUUAUGUCUUGCCAAAGGAUUUGGCUGACAUGGUUCCAGAGAACUUUAACAAACCAAUAGCACCUUUAGUGGAGAACGACAUUAGGAAGCAUUUUUUGUGGUAUGCUGUUGAAUGGUAUCUGUUACCGAAGCCGGAAAAUAGAUCUGACCUACGUUACUUGUUGCCAAAGAAUUUGGCCAAAGACGUUCCAGAAGACUUUAAUGUACCAAUAACGCCAAAAUUGGAAAAGGAUAUUAGAAAGUAUUUAUCAUUGAUUAGGAAAAAACAGAAAUGAAGGUGCCUAUGUUCAUAUAGGUUUCCAGUUGUAGACCACCAAUAUUGGAUUGCCAGAAUGAAAAAAGAUAUAACCUUAUGUUAUGUUAAUGAAUUUGUGUAGCUAUUACUAGUUCUU